UUUUAAUCGAAAAAAAAUCCAUCCUGUUCGGACCGGGUGGAUCGGACAAAAUUGCCAACGCCAGGACCGCACACUGCCGUCGGUAAGAAACACAAGAACGCUAAUUUCUGAUGGCCGGUGAUCGCCCCCUCGACGGCCGUGUGGCCAUAGUCACAGGCGCCUCCCGCGGCAUCGGUCGCGCCAUCGCCAUCCACCUCGCUUCCCUCGGUGCCCGCCUCGUCCUCAACUACGCCUCGUCCUCCUCCUCCCCUCACGCCGACCUCCUCGCCACGGAGCUUAACUCUUCCUCCUCCUCGUCCGCUCCUCGUGCUGUCGCCGUCCGCGCCGACGUCUCCGACCCGGACAACGUCAAGUCCCUCUUCGACCGGGCCGAGUCCUUCUUCGGCACCGCACCCCACAUCCUCGUCGCGUGCGCCGGUGUGAUCGACUCCAAGUACCCGUCCCUCGCCGAUACCGCCGUCGAGGACUGGGACGCCAUCUUCGCCGUCAAUGCCCGCGGCGCCUUCCUUUGCUGCCGCGAGGCGGCCAAGCGACUCCAGCAGGGUGGCGGCGGGCGGAUCAUCACGGUGUCCUCGUCGCUGGUGGGGGCGCUGCGGCCCGGGUGCGCGGCGUACACGGCGUCGAAGGCGGCGGUGGAGGCGAUGACGAGGAUCUUGGCGAAGGAGCUGAAGGGAACGAGGAUCACAGCGAACAGCGUGGCGCCAGGGCCGGUGGCGACGGAUCUCUUCUUCGCCGGGACGAGCGAGGAGGCGGUGAGGAAGGUGGUGGAGGAGUGCCCGCUGGGGCGGCUGGGGGAGACCAAGGACAUCGCACCGGUCGUGGGCUUCCUCGCUACGGACGCCGCCGAGUGGGUUAACGGCCAGGUCAUCCGCGCGAACGGUGGCUACGUCUAGGUUAAGUCAUCGUCCUUUGAGACAUUGUGUCGAACAGUUUGUGUGUCGUGGUGGCACUUUGUAUAUGUAUGGGUUGUCGGGUUGUUUCGUUGGCAAUCUAUGAUACAUAUGUAGGCAGACAUGUGCAAUGCGCGUGCUAAAAUAUUUGAUUGUGAUGGUUUGGAUUCGUACGCACUUUGAUUCUACUUUA